UAGCAAGCUAAUUUGACAAUUAGCUUGCAUGAUUGGUUACAACUUACAAGUCUUUCCCUGAAACACGUUUAUUUCCAUAUUUAUUUUUUCAUUUUUUUUAACAUAAUAUGCUAGUACUGCUACCCGCCUAUCCCUAUAAAAGUGCUCUCAUAAAUGCAUUUCACGGUUUCACCCCCUCAAACCUCAAUCUUUCCAUAUCUAAAUUUUUAUAAAAUAAAAUAAUAAAAUAAAAAAAAUAAAAAAAAAAAAGAAAAAAAAAAUGGAGGAAAAUCAAAAGAAAACACCACUUAUAAAUGGAGAUAAAGAAGGUAGUGAUAUUGAAAGUCAAAAUUGGAAAAAGGCAGCAAUUGAAGAAGUGAAGAAACAAGUAUGGUUGGCAGGACCAUUAAUUUCAGUAAAUUUGAUGCUAUUCAGUUUGCAGUUGAUUUCUAUUAUGUUUGUUGGUCAUCUUGGUGAGUUAUCACUUGCUGGUUCCUCAAUGGCUACUUCCUUUGCUACUGUCACCGGUUUUAGCUUGUUGAUGGGAAUGUCAAGUGCCUUAGACACCUUCUGUGGACAAUCAUACGGGGCAAAACAGUAUCAUAUGUUAGGAAUACACUUACAACGGGCCGUGAUCAUCCUUGUUGUUGCAAGCAUUCCCCUGGCUCUUAUAUGGGCAAAUUCAAAAUCACUAUUAAUAGCAGUUGGUCAAGAUCAUCAGAUAGCAACUGAGGCCGGACACUACGCUCUGUUCCUGAUCCCUGGUCUCUUUGCUUAUGGCAUUCUUUACUCAAUACUAAGAUUUUUACAAACCCAGAACAUCGUUUUCCCUAUGAUGCUAAGCACAGGGAUUGCCACACUACUACAUUUGCCAAUCUGCUGGAUUCUGGUUUUCAAAUCUGGCCUUGGAAACCGAGGUGCUGCCCUUGCAACUGGUGUGUCCUAUUGGAUUAAUGCAAUAUUGCUAGCACUCUAUGUCAAGUUUUCUUCCUCGUGCUCAAAAACGUGGACUGGUUUUUCCAGUGAAGCUCUUCAUAAUUUACCUUCAUUUGUUAAACUUAGUAUUCCUUCUGCUUGUAUGGUAUGCUUAGAAAUGUGGUCAUUCGAACUGAUGGUUCUCUUAGCUGGUCUUCUUCCCAACCCAACAUUAGAAGCAUCCUCACUCUCUAUCAGUCUCAAUACAGCUGCAGUUGUGUGGAUGAUCCCCUUUGGUCUUAGCGGUGCAGUGAGUACUCGAGUUUCCAAUGAGUUAGGAGCUGGGAAACCUCAAGCAGCGAAACUAGCAGUAUCGGUUGUUCUAUUCCUAGCCAUUAGCGAGGGCAUAUUCAUCGGAAUGAUACUUAUCUUGAUCCGCAACAUUUGGGGCUAUGCUUAUAGCAAUGAAGAAGAAGUGGUCAGAUAUGUAGCUGUAAUGAUGCCUAUACUUGCAAUAUCUAACCUCCUAGAUGGAAUUCAAUCUGUUCUUUCUGGAAUUGUUAGAGGGUGUGGGCGACAGAAAAUUGGAGCAUUUAUCAAUCUAGGAUCUUAUUAUAUCGUUGGCAUUCCGUUUGCUGUCCUGCUAGCUUUCGUAUUACACGUUGGAGGGAAGGGACUUUGGCUGGGAAUAAUCUGUGCACUGGUUGUACAAGUCGUGUCUCUUUUCAUCCUCACGAUUAAAACAGACUGGGAGCAAGAAGCAAAGAGGGCAAGAGAAAGAGUGUAUGAAGCAGUCAUCCCUGAUGAAUCAGUGUCGUGAUUCAUCAGCUUGAAAUCCAGAGUUCAAGAGGCAAACAUGUGAAGUAUUUUCCAAUCAAUAAGGCUUUCAAACACUAUUGAUCUAGUUUCUCUAUACCUUUGACAAAGAAUUUGUUCCGCUUGAAUGAGGCGAAGAAUUUUGAACAACAUAUAAUCCUAGAGUACUGCUGAUGAUGAAAUUUAUACUGGAUAAUAGGUCUUGCUCUUGCUGUAAUUACAUUACAAUUAAUAUUGGAGAUCUGCUGCUAUUACAUGAAAGUUACAAAUAAAGAUAUACGAAAGAA